AUGGCAAACCCGCAAGAUCGCCCACGCCUCUCCAGGCUGCCCGUCCCGAAGCCUACGUCGAGCAUCCCAAAGCCCACCUGGGCGGCUGAUCAACCGUCUGCUCGCCAAGCGUCCACCGGCAGUGUAGUUCUGGGCAACAACGCGACAGUCGCAUCGGACCUGCCGCCGUCGAGGAUUCGACCCGCCACGUCACGAUGCCAACUUCGAUCGGCUGACGGUACCGCAAUCCGGCGAGACAGCCCCUUGCGCUCGGUUCCUUCGUGCAACAAGCUUCGCUCGAGUACACCGCAGCCGAUGCCGCCGGUCCAGUCCAACGUCCAGACCCCCGCCGCGACACCUCGAACACCUCGUGUCAUGUCCCGCUCGCAGCGACAACCGAGCGCCAUGCUAAACCAAGGCAUGCGUUCAGACCUGAUGUCCACCGUGGAUACAGAUCCCGAGACGGCGGCAUGUGAUGGGCUGCCAAACAGGGGAGCCUCUGGGGUUGUGGCGGACGAGUUGCCUUGCGUAACACCCAAGGCGGCGGCCACGACCCCGAAGCCUCGACUAUCUCUUGCCGAGCGUACAGUGGAAACGCUGUCGCAAAUUCCGUCAUCGCCCGCCAUGACCAGGAACCCGUCAUCCUUCUUCGAGCACAAUAGACCGGCCUCUCGCACCGACAGCGGCAACUCGAGGCCCAGCUCCAGCUAUGCCUCGGAUGGAUCUGGCAGGAUCCCUUCGAGGCACGGUAGCCGACCAGGCUCGCGCCAUGACUGUGAGGAGGUAGCCGCCCCGACCUCCCGUGCCCCUGCCGUUUCGCUCAAACCGCCCCUGCCAACCGUCGACAUCAUGCCGCAGAAGCUAUCGGAGUUCGCCCCUUUGAGGUCACCAAAGACUAGGCUAAAGUCAACGCCAGGGCCAACGCCGAAAAAGUCCUCGACUUUAUCGGCGUUGAAGAACCCGUCAAUUUCUGACGUCGGUGGUCCGGGCCCGGAAAAGCAGCCCUGCGGGUUACUCCGGCCGCGAUCCGGCCCAAAGGGCGUGGCGCCAAAGGCGCCAAAGUCAGGAUCACCCAUCAUCACCGACUCCCCCCUCCCAGCUGUGCAUCAACCCGAUCAAGACCGCGGCCGAGGGCCCGUCGCCGUUUGGGAUGGCUCCAUUGCGCCCAAAUCACCCGAGCAUACAAGUCCGGCUAGUCCAGCUCUCCCCGGCGGCAAGUCCUCGGCCGCGUUGCGAGAGCAGAUUGCGAAAGCCAAGGCCGCCAAACGAAUGGCCGCGAGGUUGUCUAGUGCCUCCGGCGUAUCCACCACCGUCGACGACACGCGUACCCUGUCGUCGGACGAUGCCGUCUACCUGCACGGGGAGCACAGCGACCCGUUCAAUCAGCGACAGGGAGGAGAAAAUCCGGGCGAGAAUGUGCUGCAGCAGCGGGUGUCCGCGGCCAGGACUUCGGGACGACUCAACAUUGCCGCCCUUGGCCUGAAGGAGAUUCCGUCCCAAGUCAUUCACAUGUACGACUUGGAUAGUGUUGGAGCUGGCCGCUGGGCCGAGAGCGUGGAUCUGACGAGGCUCGUGGCCGCGGAUAAUGAGCUGGAGCAGUUGGAUGAUGCCCUGUUUCCAGAUGUGGGCUCAGAAGCACUGCAAGAAGAUGGCGAUGGUCGGGGCAACAUGUUUGGAGGGUUGGAGACGCUUGAUCUGCACGGAAACAGGCUGCUCGAUGUGCCAAUUGGCUUCCGCCGCUUGUCACAACUAACAUCCUUGAACCUCUCGUCCAAUCGGCUAACCAACGGCUGCCUCGACGUUAUCUCUCAAAUGACGGCGCUGAAGGACCUCAAACUUUCCAAGAAUCAGUUAGCCGGUCCCCUCGGCCCCGCCCUCAAUGAGCUCCGAUGGCUGGAAAUGCUAGAUCUUCACGGCAACAGCUUAACGGAUCUACCAGCCAACAUGGAAAAAAUGACGCGGCUGCGGAUUCUCAACCUGAGCGAGAACAAGUUCGCAUCGCUCCCGUUCGACGACUUGGCGAAGCUGCCGCUGGCUGAGCUGGCGGCAAGGAAGAACAGGCUGUCUGGUGCCUUGAUCCGAGGCUCCGACGUGUCGUUUCCCCUCCUCCAGAUGCUCGACGUCUCAUCCAACCAGCUGACCCAUGUGGUGUCUCCGGAUGGUUGCGUUGGCUUUCCCGUCGUCCAUUCCGUUUCCCUGUCGAUGAACAGGUUGCAGGCGUUGCCGGAUAUGACGACGUGGACGAACCUGGUCACCCUGGCCGUGGACGAGAAUAACAUAUCCGUCAUAUCGAACAGUUUUACUGGCUUGGGGAACCUUCGACAGGCCGACUUUUCUAGCAACGACAUUCGGGUCGUGCCAGCGGAAAUUGCAAGAAUGGAAUGCCUGUCGAUGAUUCGGUUGACGGGCAAUCCCUUACGGGACAGAAAAUUUGUGUCGGCCACGACGGAAGAGCUCAAGAAGGCGCUGGCCGCAAGGCUCGAACCGUUGCCGUCUUCUCGGCCGCCUGGCGACGGUCAAGCAUGGACGAACCGAUCGGAUGGAUUCUUCUCCGAAAGGGAAGGCAGGAAGGAUGACGAGGAUGACCCGUCCGACGAAGACGAAGAGUUCGCUACGCCGCCGACCUCGGCGCCGCAGUCGCCCAUGGGAUCUCGAGCCCAGAGGAUGAGCAGUGAGCCAUCCGACUCGCAGAUCUGGCAUGUCAACCCUGGAGGCGUUCUGGACCGAUCUCGGACCGAUAUGUCGUUGCUGGACGCAGCGAUGUGCUGCAGGGUGGCGGCCGAGCAUCAAGUGCGACAAGCACAGCUCCAUCACAAUUCCCUCUCUUCCAUUCCGAGUUCUCUGAGCUUCUUCGGAGCAACGCUGUCAUCGCUGACGCUUACAAACAACAAGCUGUCGGGCACCACUUUCAUGACCGAGACGUUGCACCUUGAGGCUCUGCGGGAGAUCAACUUGUCAUCGAACCGCAUGACGAGCCUCGAGCCGCUUAUGAGGCUUCUUCGUGCACCGGACUUGGAGAAGGUGGAUGUUUCUAUCAAUCGGAUCGCAUUUCUUCCUCUCAGCCUCAGGGAAGCCUUUCCGCGAUUGACUGUGCUGCUCGCGUCCGGCAACCAGCUGGCCGAGCUUGAACCCGAGGCGAUCCGGGGGCUGGAGAUUGUAGACGCAUCCAACAACGACAUUGGCCAUCUGAAUCCCCGCCUCGGCUUGCUGGGCGGGCAGCAGGGGUUGCGGAGACUGGACGUGACGGGCAACCGAUUCAAAAUUCCUCGCUGGAACGUCUUGGAGAAGGGGACGGAGGAAACUCUGCGCUGGCUACGGGGACGAGUGCCGGCAGAUGAGAUGGAGGUGUGGAGGGAGCAGAAUGGCGAGGAUGAUGGUGACAACGACGCUUGCGUCUGA